AUGGAACUUCUUAUAAUUUAAAUAUUUGUAAAUUUUAAUCAAAAAUUUGUAAACGAAAUUAAUUUGCAGAGAAAUAAAUACAUGAACGAGCAAUUAAUAUAAGAAGACAGCCGUGCGACAACUUAGUCUUCUCUUGGAAACAGCUCAAAAAUAGUUUUAAAGAUCAAGCUAAAGCCUUAAGAAACAGUCCAAGCUAUACCGGACUCGGAAAUACAAAGGAAUACAUAAAAAAAGCUAAAAAAAAAUUAUAAAAAUAAAAAAAUCCUUGUUUUACUUUUAAUAAUUUCAAUUAUUCUCUCGACGAUCUGUUAAGGACUCUUUAUCGCUAUAAACAUUCGAUUAAUAAAUAUAUAUUUUUUUAUCUAGUAUUCAAUUGUUUCUCUCAUCUUAUGUUUGAUAGUUGUCCUUCUUGACAUCUACUCUAUUUUUAAAUUUAAAACAAUCAUAACCUCUAAGAGGAGUUUUAAAGUAUUUUACGUUUCUAAUUUCUUCAGACUUAUCUAAACAGUUCUUAUUUGCUUGAUUCUCUUUGCAAUAAAUAAAUAUAGUAUCUGUGGUUAUUUUAUUUGGGAUUCUAAUGAAUGCUUUAUCAAAACAAAUAUUUAUAAAUUGUAUGAUUCGAACUUUAGCAAUGGAUGCAGUCUAUUUGAUAGUGACAAAUUCAUCUAAGCUAUUUGGUUGUCUAAAAAUACUUGCUUUUAAAAUUCAAAUACAUCAUAACAGGAAUUCUUGUAUGAAAUAGAAUUACAAGAAAAUAAAGCAUAUUAUUUCAUUUUGAUAUUUUUAAUAGUGUUUAAUAUUGUUAUUAAAACCAUUUAUGAUAUCUAUGCAAUAAUGAAAUCAAUUAAAAUAAAUAGAAAAUUAAAGAAAUACACUUAAUAAUUGAUUCAUCUUAGCUCAAAGAGUGCUAAUAAGUAAGUAACUGAAUAAAUAAAUGCUGCUUGA